ACGCCCUGACACCAGGUGCCUAUAAAAGCAGCUGCUGGUGUGUGUGUGUGAGAGUGAGAGACAUAGCCAGACGGUGCUCUGUCAUGAACCUCAUCCUGCUCUCCUCUCUGCUCUACCUUGCCUGCAGUGCGCUCAUCUCUUUAGCUUCAUCUACUGCUCACAGCGCUGAGCUGGGUCAUGUGACUGUGACAUCAGCAUCUGGGGAGGGGCUUCAGAGUGCACUUGGAGAGGAGCCAGAAUCUGAGGAUGGACCUUCAGGACUGUUUACAGGGGCACCUUUGGGUAGAGGUCGAGGUGGCCGCAAGAAACAUGGUUGGAAAAAGAGGAAUAAGGCCCAGUUGAGUGCGAGACAGAGAAACAGCACUCCUGCACAGAAUCUCACCAACAGCCCCGUCUACAGUAUCUCCCAUAGCUCCACCCACAUCGCAAACCUCAGCUCCGCCCCUGAUCCCUGUCACACCUCCCACAGAGAGUACUGCAUCCACGGCUACUGCACCUACUUAUAUGACUUAAAGGAGCCCGUCUGUGUGUGUAUGAAGGGGUAUGACGGUGUGCGAUGUGGUAUCCAGCUGUUAGAGAUAGGGUCUGUGGAGCGAGAUCAUCAUGACGACACACUGCACAUCACACUCAUCAUCAUCACAGUCGUUCUGUCAAUCAUUAGCUGCUCCGCUCUCCUGCUCAUCAUCUGUGUGCAUUACCGAGCUCAGCACAGUUUCCAGGCAGCACUAUUCAGUGCUGCUGAUGAAAGUGACAAACUGCAGAAGUAUAACAGCGCAGUGUGACAGAGCAUCUCCUGCAGACACAAAAGAAUGAGCAGAGCAUUCAGAACACACAGCUUUGGAGAAACAUGCUACACGCUUCACCCUGAAUAUUUAUUUAUUUAUUGGAAAUGUAUUUUAUAUUUUAAUAUUUUCACAGUGUGUGAUGUACAAUUUUGUUACUACACAGAUCCGAUGAUGAUGAUGAUGAUGAUUGUUCCUCAUUAACAGCCGAGUGUAAAAACAAACAGCAUGUUGAUGUGUUGCUGAUGCAUUGCUAUUUAAAGGUGCAGUGUGUAAUGUCUGCUGCCUGUAAAGAGAAGUGCAACUGCAAUUACAUUACACAUGCCUAGAGUCUAUAACAGAAAGGGGGUGAUGAUCAUUUCAGCACCAGGAUACUUUAAAAAAUAUCAUUAUUAAAUGCCAAAAACCUUUACAAAUUGCAUCGGCCUCUUACGGUUCACAAGGCUGUUAAAAUAGAUCAACUCUGAUAUCUAUAAACAUUUCAGUUUCGCUCAUGCUCUGAUUUUAAUGAUAAUUCUGAUGCUAGGUUAAAAGUGUGGCUAAUGUGAUGCAGUAUGGUGGUGUAAACAUGGUAAACAAUUUGUGUAGAUCACCAAUAAAAGUAUUAAAAAUA